UGGGUUUCUCGUCAAUCUAGUCAGUUGUCAGCUGUCAUCUAAUCACCUCACCUCGCGACAGUGAUGGCGACAUAAUUUUUUCAUUCGUUUAUACGUUCAUAGUUCGUUUCAUCGUUUCUGAAAUCUGAAGCGAUACUUAGGACUCUUCUGAAAAUGGGAUCUGUUAAAAGCGAUCCAGUUUCGAAUAGUGGCAAACAUAAUGGAAACCCUUAUGGGAAAGUUGAAUUGACGCUAAUCAAUCAGUUAUUACCAGAAGAAAAGCUUUCUCCUACACCUUCUCAGCUAGAUGGACUAGGCAUGGACACAGAAACAGAUUUACGUAUUUAUGGAUGUGAAUUGAUUCAGACGGCUGGAAUUUUACUAAAAUUGCCUCAGGUCGCAAUGGCUACUGGGCAAGUUCUUCUUCAGCGAUUUUAUUAUUCCAAAAGCCUAGUGCGACACCCUGUUGAACACACAGCAAUGGCUUGUGUCUGUUUAGCUUCUAAAAUUGAAGAAGCUCCCAGAAGGGUCAGGGACGUUAUUAAUGUCUUCUCCCAUGUUAGACAAGUCAAUUCAAACAAAGAAAUCCAACCAGUUAUAUUAGACCAGAGCUACAUCCAGCUGAAAAACCUAGUUAUCAAGGCAGAAAGAAGGAUACUGAAGGAAUUGGGAUUUUGUGUUCAUAUAAAACACCCGCACAAGAUUAUCGUUAUGUUCCUGCAAGUACUUGGAUUGAACAAUCACCAAAAGUUGAUGCAAUAUUCCUGGAACUACAUGAAUGAUUCUCUGAGGACCGACGUUUUCGUCAGGUAUCAACCUGAAACAGUUGCGUGCGCUUGUAUAUAUUUGACUGCAAGAAAACUGAAGUUGCCGUUGCCCAAAAACCCUGCAUGGUUCUCCAUAUUUGGAUCGACUGAAGAAGAAAUUCGUGAUAUUAGCCUUAGGAUAUUGAAAUUGUAUAGCAGACCAAAGGCGAAUAUUGAAAGCUUAGAGAAGAAAGUCGAAGAUCUCUGUGAAAAGUACAAAUCAGCGAGGGUGAAGGUUAGGAAUUCAGGAAAUAACACCCCGAAUAACGAUUCCAGCCCUAGUCAACAGAAAACAACUGGAGCACAUAAUGCGUGGGGCGGAUUUAUCAGUCGAUCAGGAAGCCAUAUAGCUCCGCCCAUUGAGAAAAGGUCGAGAUCAAGAUCAGCAACACAUUCUCCUGACAAACACAAGAAGCGUACAAAAAAACAUAGAUCAAGGAGUAGGUCAGCUAGUAGGAACCACAAGAAAAAUCACAAGAGGAAAAGCUAUUCGAGGUCUAGAAGUAACACACCUCCGCCGAAAGUGAAGAAGAGGGAAAGGAGGUCUUCGAGGUCACCGAGUAUCGACAGGGAAUCGAGAAAUGAGCGGCACAUAGACAGAUAUGAAAAGUACGAGAAAGAGAGGUACAAGGAUGAUAGAGAGAGAUAUUCGGUCAAGGACAAAUAUGACGAUAAAAAAGAUAGGAAAGACAAAUACGAUACGAAAUACAGGGACAAAGAAGAUAAAUACUCAAGAGAGGACAGGGACAGGUACAAUAAGAAAUCUAAACAUAGAGAUGAUGAUAAAGUGGAGAGGUCGAAAGACAGGCGAUAAAAUAAGAAGUGUUGCAUAAAAUUGUACAACUUGAUUUUAUGGCUAGCCAAUCUUAAGUUUUUAAAUUUCGAAUUCUUGUGAGUUAAAACUACAUACAUUUCAUUGUAAAUAAAUAUUUUCUCAUACUUUC